UAUCUUUCAGUUCGUGAAAGAUACUAUUAUCACUAAGGUUCACCUUGUUUGACCGAGCAUGAUCUUUGCCUUCCAUUGUGUCUGGUUUCUUAGUUGUGAUUGUUUUUCAGUUGGCAAACUUUCAAGUUUCUCAGUAUAUUAUUUGCAGCUAACGUCGCACCUCUCCAGACCACGGAACUCUCUCGUUGAAGGUCUUGUCACAAACUAACACAGCAACAAAUGAAGUUAUUCACGGCGUUUUUCUUGCUUUUCGUCGGUUUGUGGAACGUUCAGCUGGGAGACUCAUGCGGUCCAUUAACGCCAAUGGAACAGCCGAGGAGGCCUCAACCAACCUGCAACCACACAAAAACUAACAGUACCGGUAGUGCAGGUUUAGAGAUCACUCUACCACAAGAGGUUGAUUCUGUGUUGUGGAGUAUCGUUGAAGAUGGAGCCCGUCGAGGACUCGCCGAGUGCCAAAAAGUGUUUAACAGCAACCGCUGGAGCUGCCCAGUGGAGAUGUACAAGAAGUUGCCUAUCUUUAAUAACAAGACAUUUCCUUACGCCACUCGAGAAACAGCGGUUAUUCACGCCAUCAGUGCUGCCGCUAUCACCGACGAAAUCGCACAUCAGUGCAGACAUAACAUGACACCCGGGUGUGACAGCUGUCCCAAGAAGCCAACAAUAUAUAACGCACAUGAAGUGGUUACUUGGGGGUGUAGUGAUAAUAUCGAAUUUGGAGAGAGGGAGACUGUGCGCUUCACAGACAGACUGGAAACAGGACCUGAUGCUUUGGUGGCAGUGAACCGACACAACAACAGAGUAGGAAGAGAGGUUCUUCGAAGUAGUGCCAAAAUUGACUGCAUUUGCUACGGUGCUAAGCGCACAUGCGAAUUCAAACAUUGCUGGAAGGAAAUGGCGCCUUUUGAUGUCGUCGCAUCAAAGCUGAAGGAGAAAUACUUUGAUGCUGUGCAAGUGUGGUUCGUAGACAACAAGCUUCAAGAGCGAGUGGGCGAUCAGUUCCAACCAGUCUCUAAAUAUAAGGGCGACAGGCUAGUUUAUCUCCACCCCUCCCCACACCCCUGCGAACGAAACGACACUCUGGGCUACCCUGGAAUGCUGGGACAAUCGUGCAGAAGCGAUGUGGCCAAGGACAAAUGUGAAGUAUUCAGUCUUCUCUGUAAACGUGAUUGUAACUUGAGAGUUGAUAAGGUGGAGCGUUACAAGCAGGUUGAUUGCAAGUGUAAAUUUAUUUACUGCUGCAGAGUUGAAUGCGAGAAAUGUGCGGAAAAGUAUUUUGAAAUAACUUGUAAUGCCCCUAAACCAGUGGUGACAGGUAUCCAAGCUCGAGCACAUCCUUGAAUGUAGAAUUCAAGGCUGGUGUUCACGAGCGUAUAAGCAUAAUAAGCAACAAACGCACACGAGCACAAAUGUGCCCAUAAAGUGACGUGAAGUCUGUAUACGAGCCAAGUGGUCCAUCAGACCAGCGCUUAUCUCCGCUUAGUUGCAUGAAGCGACUAGGAGUAUUUUUACUCCUCCCUGGAUGAGAUGCUAGUCCAUCGCAGGGUUAUACCCAGG